AUACAUGUGUUGCACAGCAAAAUGGCGACUUGUAUGCCUUUUUAAGCGAACUUUGUUAGUUUAAAAAUUAUUGCUCUAAGUGAAAGAUGAAUUAAGUGCUGCAACUCGAAAAAUGGCAAACGAAUACACGGUAUAUACGUAGUUAAAUGACUUUUAAUGGCAUAACUGGUACAUUUAAUUUUUUAAAGCUUGUUUAACUUUUCUUCAACUUAGGCUACCUGACCACCAACUUUUUCCCCCAAAUAGAAAAAAUGAUGAUUAAAAAAGCAAUACCAAGGAAAACUCGACUGAGAAUAGUGAGAUUGUCAACAAUAAUUUGGCUGAUAAUAAUAAAAAUAUUAUUAGGCCUACUACUCUUAUGAUUAUUAUUGUACUUGCAUUGAGCCACCGCCUUAUUAUCUCAGAAAUCAAAUACAGAGCAUGGGCAUGUGGGUAUAUUGGUAUAUUAUAAUUAUUAAAUAUAUUACCUAGACCUGAGCAUGGGUCAUAUUCAUUAUGAAUUCAUGAUGAUUCAUAGUCAUAGUGUUUAGAUUAUUAUUAUUAAUUAAAAGUUCUCUUUGGUCUACCUUCUCUUUAACAAUUGUAUGCAAUCAUAAAUAAAUUCUUACCUAUUUUUAUCUAGCAUUGAAGUAGGCAUUAUGUCAUUAUAUUAUAUUAUUUAUAUUAUUAUUAUCACUGUAAUUGUAAUAAGGCAACACGUCCCCCUAAAAAAUAUUUACUGGUUGGGGAAUACUUAUUUUGAACUGUAAACUUUUGCCAUGACUAAUUAAAGCUUUCACUUUUGCACACAACAGUCUCUUAUGAACUAGUGACUGUGAAUGGUUGAGUUGAGCAUUAAUUAUUCUGAGUUUCCUUCAUAACUUUGAACUCUGAAGGCUUGUAUGAUGCGUAUGCAAACAAAAACCAGUAGUUAGUGAAUUUAGGCACUUUGAUGCGCACGCGGACUGCGCAAGUCCAAAAAUGUCGAAAAAACUUGUUCUACAAUAUGGUGUACGGCUACACUGUAUCUUUGGAAAAUUGUGUACUAUGUCACCUUUGUUCAUUAAAAAAUUGCUUUCCUCAUUAGUGGCGUAUCAGUUUCUGUGUUCUGGUGAUUCUAUGAAAUUUAUGCUACGAGUUUUUUUUUUAUGUGUGACUGACAGGAUCAUCAUAACCAUUCGGUAAGUUAAUCACAUAAUACUUUUUUGUUACUUAUCCCACAAGAAAACGGUGUGGUUCUUUAGAAACUACAUUCAUUCGUGAGUAUUAACAUAUAUAAAUUAUUACAAUCAAUUAAACGAAAAGUUAUGCCUCCCUUUAAAGUGGGGGGUGGGGUGUAUGAAAAUGUUGCAGAAUCAAAAGUUAAUUUUAUUCGAUCGAGUUGCCGGAAUUGGCUAUUAUUACUGUCAAUUAUGAAGUGAUUCUUUUUUUGUUGAAUCCCUAAUCAUCUGAAUAAUUCUAAUACGUUUCAAAUAAAUAAUUUUUGAAACAUUAAAAAAGGAUUAUAACCAAACUUGAAAAGUUUUGGGUAGGGUCUAUGGGUUGCUUUUUAGUUUGAUAGCGUUAAAUAAUUUUGUUCACCAGGUACCAAAUUUAUCAGUUGUACCGUUUUUUAUUAUUGAACUAAUAAUUAAUUGUUUAAUUUAAUAACAGUAAUAGCAAUAAUAAUAAUUGUUAUUAUCUUAUAAAUUACUACUCAUAUGGGAGAAUAUUGCUAAAAUUAGGCCUAAGUACAAUAACAGUUAAGUCUAUUUAGGCCUAAGCCAAAUAUUUAAUAUGCACUUGCAGUUGCAGGUCUAAUUAAAGUUAGCAAUUUUUAAUUUAAUAAAGUAAUUAAUUAUAAAUAUUAAAUUAUUGUAAAGUCAAUUUAACAUUUUUAAUACUUCAGCAUCAUCAAAGUGAUUAUAUUUUUAUAAGGACAUAGAAAAGCAGUUUACAUAGACUAUAAUUUAAUAUAUCAAAUAACAUUAAAUUAAAUAUUUGAAGAAAAAAAAUAUUAUUAAAAAGAAACAAGAAAUUGUGAAGAUUCAGGAUUAUGAUUAGAUUUUAUUUCUAGGCUUCUUUCAGGUACAAGGGAAAAUGUUAAUUUUCUAUUAAAGGUCUUUGUGGAAUUUCUUUCAAUUCCGUCAACUAUAAGGCAUAAAUGGAUGAGUAUGACAAAGACAAAGUUUAUGAGGGAGAGAUUUUGUGAGGAGUUCCCUCACUGUGUGAUCCACCGAGAUCAUCACUGGAACCAUAAAGGCUAAGUCAAUAAAGAUUGAGCAUAGAACUUGAGCAAUAAAGCAUUAAUAAUGAUGAUACCGUCUGUAUGUUAGGGACCAUUGUUUUGCAUUGAUAUACUUUUCUAAUAGGAUGAAAUCCAUUCGAUGUAUAUAUAUUAAUCACCGAGAGUGUAUUACGGAAAAAUUUGUAUGUAUCAUUAUUCAAUAAAUACUUAUAGUUAUUUUCUCAUGUAAGAAAGACUUCGAUUCAGUCUAUACUAUAUGUGUAUAGAUAGGUUGUUAUGUCUAUGUGGUAAUUUGGCUUAAGCAACGAAUCCCUAGACAGAGUGCCAAGAGGAGAUCUCAUACGAGAGAUACCCCUCAUUAAUAAGUCAUAAGUCAGAUCACCACAACCCCGCAUUAGACUACUAGCAGACGGUAACGUUUGUUGUGGGGGUGGUUAAAUCUCUUUGAUGUAUCUUGUUUACAACCCUGUUUACCAAUUAAACAUGUUUAGACUGUCUCCUGGUAUCUUGUCGAAUGUUCGCGAUAACCCAAGAAAUGUAAACAACACGUAUUAAGUCUUUUCUGGAAGUGUCUUACGCUACAUGUAUAUAAGGGAGUGACAGAUACGGAGAGACAAAGAUUCAGAUAGAUAGUUUUAACUUCAGGAGACCUGAGAUAGUUUUAACUUCAGGAGACCUGUAUUAUUCUUUGUGUAUUUAUAUGUGUUUAUUCAUUAUUCGCAUUCUUCAUUCAUCAAUAUUCAUUGACACAUUGUACUGCGUUAACUGUGUACCGGUACAAGAUUUACCAUUUUGUAAGGUGAUGAUUGUCAUUAUCUUUUCUUUUGUAAUUAUAUUAAGACGUAAAUAAAUCUUAUUAAUUGAAACUAGCAACUGUUUUGGGUGUCGUAUCUUUACUAUUGUUGACUCUAUGGUAUUGUCCUUUGUUAGGCACUGUUUACAACAAGCCAAUAAAAUUAAAAUAGGAGAUUAAUUUCUUACAAGAGAAGCCAGUGCGUAACAAGUCUAAGUAGAAAAUGACAGGCAGAACAUCCCCAUUCCUUUUAAAUUUAAUCACCUACAGUUCACCUACUCGGUAUGCUUAUUUAUUAGUCUUAUGGUGGGCGAUUUGAGUAGUUUAUAUAAUUUCAUGCAUUUAAUUUUGUAUUAAAAAAGACUUAUACUUAAUUUUAUAAAUAUGAGAAUUUAUUUGCAAUAUAACUGAAUUAUAUAUUUAGUUAAAAUACAAUAAACAUGUUAUUUUUUUUGUUUUUGCCUUUAAAAAUAAUAAUUUGUCCCAUUUUUCUGGACAUGAUAAUUUUUAACAAAUCUGGAAAGAAAAUGAUACAAAAUAAAAGGUAUAGAUGUAAUGUAGGAGUUAUGUUGUUCUUUGUGUUGGAUAUUUGAUUGGGAAUGUCUCCUGAAAAUUUGGUGCUGCAAUUCGAAUUAUUUUAAAAAUAAAAAUGUUGUGGACAAGGUAAAGCAGAAAUUUGAAAUUUGGGUCAUAUGUUUUGGGGAUAUAGUUUAUAUAAGGGGCAUAAAAAAUUAGACCAACAAAAUCUAAAAGAUAGAAAGAUGAAAAUUGUGUUUUUAUAACGCUUUAAAAUAAUGUAUCAAUCAUGGCAAUCAAUGUUUAAAAUUUGUGUCAAAGUACCUAAACCAGUGGUUAAUUAUUCAUGAGCAAAAGUUGAUAGUCUGAAAUAAGUAGUCCUUGUACAGUAUAGCUUCCACGGGACACAUUGCUGUUUACUGACUAUGUUUAAUGGAUGCCGCCUUUAGACUUAGUAAACAGAAUAGCCAAAUUAUAAAUGCAAGGGAGACUUGUAUUAAACUAGUAUCAGAAAUGGGAGAUGGCACAGAGAAAUCCGAGUUUUUAAUUUUUGUACUAUAUGUUUUAAUUUUUAAUAGGCCUACAGUCCUAGUACAAUAACAAAUCUAAAUGCCACAGAUAACUGCUUCAACAAUACCUAGAUAAAUGAGCACAUUCAUCAUUUCAUUGAUGGACACAGUAACGUUAAAUUGGUUUUUAUGACAACACUACACUAAAAUUUUAAAAAUAAAAUUAGCCAUUUAAUCAUAUUACAUUUGUUAACAAUAUGAUUGAGAUAUAAUAAUAAUAAUAAUAAUAAUAAGUGGUCUUAUAUAGCGCGGUACCCCGGCCUAGGGCUGGGCUCACCGCGCUGUACAUAUAUAGCAAAGAAGCAUAGUCAUAAUAUUAAAAUAAAAUACAUAUAAAGUCUAUGCUUAGCUAAUAUAAAACAAAAAGUAUAAAUAAGCUGAAAAUUUGAGGGCUUGAUCUUAAUACAAAAAAAUAUUUUUGGGGAUCAAAUACUAAGGAUAUAAUAGGGCACUAAAAAUGAAUUAACUUCCUUCUGUUUAACAUAGAGUCGUGUAAUAUGGUUUUGCCAGUACUACUUAUAGCAUGAUAUACUAAAAGACAUAGGUACCUAACAAUAACAGACUCUGAGUGAGUCCACCCUUAAGUUUCAAGGCAAAAUAAUAUUUUCUAUGAUUCUAAUUUUUUCAUUCAGUCACAAUCCAAAUAAAUUAAGGGGAGUGUUUUGACAGAAGUUGUCUCAACUUAAGCACAUUAAUAUCACCAUGUGAUGUUUUCAGCAGCUGCUGUCAGAUGACUUAUGUUUUUGUUUAGUCUUCCUUUCUUCUCACUUAAUUCAAGUGCGAAAGGCAUUGCCCUGAUCCUGGCCAAAAGCAAGCAAUAUCAAUAUUGAUCAUUGUAAUGUUUUGAUAUAGCAAAGUGGAAGCAAGAGUGGGUUUCCUCCACCUUAAUAAAUUUAAUAAUAAGGCUUAACUGUUCAGUUUCAAUAGGUGUAACUUUUAAUUGAUUAUUUAAAAAAUCCAUUUUCAGAGCUCUCUUAAAUCAUGUAAAGGCCUCAGUUUUAUUAACUGGGAUGAGCUCAGUGAAGAAGAAUUUAUGAAGUUAGACAAAAUCAUUAAUGCUACACAAGUUAGUUCUGGUGUGCAGGUAAGCAAAUUUUGAAAUGCAUUAAAUUAAUUUCCUGUUUUAACUAUGGGCCCAGACAACGAGAAGAGAUAGCAAAUCAAUGUUUUUCAGUCUCAUUGGAUUAGAGCUAUUAAAAUAUUUAUUCAGACGCACAAAUCAACUGCUUAAAUUUUUCAGAGCCUAUUUUUAGAUUACUCACUGUUCUUGAGAUCAUCAAGGUUUCCUUGAGAAUUUAAAAAUAAUAUACGAGGGACUGCAUUUAAGCCAUGAGAGGUAAAUAAUUAGUAAAACAAGAUAUGUUUAGGCUUGCAAAGAAAAGACAGGAUAAUUAAACGGACAGUAACAUUAUUGAGAUUUUUUGAUGACAUAAGUUUUUAUUUCUAUAUUUAAUUUAAAGUAUCUGUUGUUUCUUGUUUUGUAUUGUUUGAUGAAGAAUGCAUCCUCCAAAAACAUCUGUUUAAUUUUCCUGUCUUGUCUUUUCAGGCCAAAACAUAUCUUGUUCCACUAUUUAUUUAAGGUUCUUUGAGUAAAGCACACAUUUAAAAAAGGGCACUUUUCUUUUAUAAUUGCUUCUAUAUUUCGAUGUUAUUUCUUUCAGUUUCCAUUUCCUUCAGACUGUGACAAAGCUUCAGGUAAUUAUCUUAUCCAAUCAAUUAUAAAAUAUUUUACAAACUUUAUAGAAUAUCCUGUAUUAGUACUUUAAUGUGUAUUGGAAGUCCCCAAAGUAUUCCUGUAAUCUCCUUAACAGUACAAUUUAAUUUUUCAAUGAAAUCAAAAUUUCCAAUAAUGUAAAUAAUAUGAAACUGAUUUAGAUUUAUAAACUUAUAAUGGUAAUCUGAGCUUUUAGAAUGAACAUGCACAAAAGCAAGUAUUAUAUCUUCAGCCACAUUCAAUUAUCAAUUCAGGUUUGUCAGUUUUAUUUUGGUGGAUAUUUGAUGUCUCCUGAAUUAUUUUAUCUCUUUAGGUGUUGACUGACUACCUCUGUCCUAAUCUACCUUAAUUAACACCCCCCCCCCCCCCCCCCGCCCUAUUUUAGCUUACUCAAUCCUCUAAGUAAAAAUAUCUAAUGUUUUUGUGGAAGGGGGGUGUGUAAAAGUUUGUUUGACUUUGUUUUGAAGAUCCAUUGCUUUUUUUAAAAUAAUAGAUUUUACCAACCUUCAGUGACUUGUAAGAUCUUGAAAUCAUCUUUUUUGAAAUUAACUAAUUAAUUAUUGAUUUUUUUUUCCGUUCAUAAAGGGGAGUUUAAAAAAUGAAUAGUGAAUAGUUUAAUUUCAAUUGAAACUUUCAAUCUGAUAACGUAAGGCUUUAUUUAUUUAAUGAGAAAGGUUUUCCCACUUUUUGUCUAUAGAUUGUAUAAAUACUUGAUUUUUGUGUGUUGACAUUUAUCUUUUCUAUUUAGCAAUAAACUUCUAUUGAGAUUUCUGCCUUGUAGUAGUACUUUAAACUGAUAACGCUUUCAGCAUACUAAUGUCUAUGAUACUCAACUCCUUGGAGAUUUGAUUUACUAUGGUCUUAAAUCUUCAGAAAGCUACUUUCUACUCCAUGGCCAUGGUUAUAAUUGAAUAACUUGCUUUUUUUUCUCUUCACAACUUCAGAAAAGAUUCAACAUGUCCCAGUUUUCCAGCCAGCUAUCCCACCUCCUUCUAUUGUGGGUUUUUCCAUCCCAGUACAUCACUGGGCUCAAGGGGAUCCAAAUUUAGUUCAUUCCCCAGGACCUCAUUAUCCAAUUGCAGUUCAGGGCCCAUACAUGUUUUCAAAUUCACCCUUGGCUGUCACAGAUGGCUCUAUGACAUUUGUUCCUGCGCUAAACACUGGUCAACCUUUAUAUGCCAUACCGGCUGUUACUGGUCACCCAAUGCCAGCUCAUUAUCCAACUGGCCCACCCCCUCAGUCUGAGCCUGUUGACUUGUCUGUACCCGUGACUUGCCAAGGGGGUGUUGCUUCUUCACUUCCGCAGUUAACUAAUUCUGGCAAUGUUCUAUUGACACAUUCUCCCACACAUCCAGUGAUUAUCACCCAGAUGAAUGUAAGCAUUGCAGCUGAUGCUCCACACAGGGUGUCUUCUGCCUCCAUGUCAAACACAGGGAUUUCUCAUCCACAUGCUACACAGGUGCUUUAUAUUGCACAACAAAAUCUUUUGCCCACACACAUAAAUAGUAACCCACUUGAACAUACUCACACAGAUUCCUUGCCUGGCAUUGUUGCAGAGCCUCGACCUGUUAAAAGGACAUCCUCCAUAGAGUUUGGUGGACCUGUUGUGUUUAGUAGUCACUUUGAGCUCAAUCAAGCUGAGCAAAAUAAUAAUAAGGCAUUCAUUCAACAUCAAACUGCAAAAAAUGAGGUUGUGAUAGACAUGGAACAAUUGGAUCUUUCCAAUGGAAGCGUUGGUCAAGAGCAAGAGGUUGUUGAAACUCCGGAUCAGGGAAUUGGCUCCAACUCAUCCUACUCUUCAUCGCCACCCGCAGCUGUACAUUCACUCCUUUCAGACCCUUUAGCUUUUACAGAGUCUUCAUCCCACUCUCAUAUUAACUGCCAACAGGAGUCGCAAGCAAAUGAUAGGUCUCCAGAAAGCUCAGUCUUUAACAGACAGUUAGAGUUGGACACGAAGCACACACCAGUGCAACCAAUUAAGAUGUGGAGCAGUUUAUUUGGAGAUAAGAAACGCAAUGGAACAGUCAACAAUGCUGAUAUCUCCAGAUCAUUAGAAAAUACUGGUAUACCAAAUGUUAUAAUAAAAGAUGAGGUGAAAAGCAUAAGGUACUGGCAAGAAAAGGAGAAGUCAGAAGCCAAAAUGGUGAGCUUUCCUACAGAAAAGGUUGUCUCUGUUGGUCCCCAGAAUGAUCCGCUGGCACCAAAAAUUCUGGGUACGUUUUUUUAAUGAAGUGCAUGGGGUUUAAUUUAAUUUGCUCUUUAGUUUUAAAAAAAAAACAUUUAGGAAAAUGUUAUCUCAUAAAUAAUGCAAACACUAAGAUAAUGAGAGGAUAAAAUUAAUUUCCCAUUUUUUAAAAUUCUCUUAGAGCACCUGCACUCAUUGUCCAUUGUUCAUACCCCUAUUGUGAUACAGCCAAGAGGCCUAGUGAAUGGUAGCAAUAUAUGUUUCAUGAAUGCUGUAAGUAUAAAGUAUUAUAAGUGUUUAUGCAUUUGAGUGUAAUUUUUAGUGAAAAGUUCUAUUUAUGUAAUGGUAUAGCUCCUUAAAUUGUUUCUCCGCUUACCAUUUAUAUUUUCAAAUGUGUCAUUUCAUUCUUAUUGGUUGAACAAUGCAUCCAUUAAUAAUAGGAUAAAGUAGAAAAAGUACCUAAGUGCAUUUUGACUUCGUGCUCAUGUGGCUUUUUUUCCUAAUUUUGCAUUUUGCAAAUCUCAUUUUAGACUCUACAGGUGCUUAUGGGCUGCCCCCCUUUCAUCCAUUUGUUUAGAGCUUUCAAAGAUUUACCCAGUCGUCCAGGCAGCUACUCUUCUACACCAAUUUUUGACUCACUGUGAGUAUGUUAUAGAUUACAACAAAAUAGACACUUUUUGGUUAAAAAUUUAAUUUGCUUAGAAGGUUUUUAAAGUAGAAUUAUCAGUGUUAGCUAUAAAAGAAAUUACUUUUAUUUUGUUAUUUGUCUUUUUAGGGUUCUAUUCGUCAACUCAUUCCAAAAUGGCCAGAGAGUCCGAAGUCAUGGUAAGGCUCUUCCAUUACCUAAUUUUACUUUAAUACCAUGUAAGAUAUUUUUAGAGUCCAGUGUGCAUCUUUGUAUAUGAACAUUUAUUAUUAGUUAUUCUUUUUUUCUUUUUUAUCUCUCGGGUAUCUUAUUCAAGAAAUACUUUGAAAAUAAUUGAGCCACUAAAAAAAAUAUGAACUUUUUUUUUUGGCAAAAGUUUUUUUGUCAUUUUUUUAAACAUAGGAGCUGUAUUUUGUUGAGGCUAAGUUAUAUUUUUUACAUCUAUUUGGGAUUUCCAAAGAAGAGUUUUAUGAUCUCUAGUUUUAUGUUGUUAAAUGAAAUAGUCAUAUCAUGUUUUAGGUUCCCGAGGUAAGAAAGGCUCAUCUGUUGACAUUAACCUUGGCCAGCCAUUUGCACCAACACCUCUCGUCAAUGUUGCCCAGAAUAUUCUUGGUCUUCAUGUAAGUUUUAACAUUCUUUUAUAAAGAUAAUAUAGAAAAUACUCAUCAAGUAUGCAAAGAUUGUAAACAAAAUCUGUUUUGUUCCUGUUUUUGGUAGGUAUGAAGUGGCAAUGAGAUAUUUUGCAGCUUAAAUAACUUAACAAGACAAUAUUAUCUUUUACUCUUGAAAACAAUGUGUACCAGAACCUAACCUAAUAUAUAUAAAUUAUGCUUUCCAGUUCUUUACCAAUGUAAAGUAAGGAUAGUUCUGUCCAUACUAAAUUCUGAAUUCAAUAGUAGUUUCCUUAUUUGAAGUCUCAUUUUAAAAAUAGUUAGAUUUCUAAUUUUAAAAGAAUAACCAGACCCAUAUUUCUAAUUUUUUAAAAUUGCACCAUACUGAUUUGGAUUUCUGAUCAAACUUUCGGCAAAUGGUUACAGUGUUGUUAUAGUAAUUUCCUUUUUUUUAAAAUUGGGAUAUAUUGUAAUUAUGCAGAUCUGCCAAUCCUUCCGAUUUUGAAGAAAUAAUACAGAUUUUUCAACCCUCAUUCCGACCUUCUGACAAACCCCUUAAAAUUCAUAUUUUCCAAACAUUAUAAUUUUUCACCUGUCAUACAAAUCUGAAAGCGACCCAAAAAAAAAAAAAAUCUGUAUACAGAACAGAAUAUCCAUUUUAUUUUCAUAUGUACACAGGCUGCUAAGAGUUCAGUUUUAAAUUGAGUUUUCCAGCAUAUCCCUAGUGGCCUUUUUGCGCUUGCCCAACUGCUAUUUUUACAACUGAAGGUUAAAUAUAUAUCUGUAUACCCAGUACAAACAUUUCCAGUAAUGGCAGGUCUGAUAAUUUAUUUUUUAGUAUUGAUGCAGACUAUUCAGUUAAUUGUGCCUCUCUCCCAAAACCUCAGAUUGGUGUUCAACAUGAUGCAGAAGAGUUCCUUAGUCAGAUUUUAAUGAUCUGCCAUGAAGAGCUAGAGAAUGUGAUGAAACUUACUCAUGUUGAUGGUCAGUAAAAAUAGGGAUUUUAAUUUUCACUGCACUGCUGUUAAAGAAAUAUAUUUUGAUGAAUAUUUAUUUUGAAUUUAAAAAAUCACCAAGGAAAGUUAUUGCAAGAUUUUAUAUUUCACUAUGGAUUUUAGGUCAUGUACCAAUUUUAAAAAAUGUAUUGAACUCCAAGCAGGUCUCAAUAACAAUGACAUGGAGCAAACCAAGAAUGGCUAUGUUGACAACAGUUGUGAAGAUGUGGAAGAUGAUAAUGUUGAUGAUGAUGAGUCCUGGCAAAAAGUUGGGCCAAAAAAUCACCACGUUGAAACCAAUGUGGUGAGUAUUAUUUAUUUGGGAUUUAUUUUAAGGUGUGACCUCUGAUUAUAUAUUGGAAGAGUGACUUGAAAACACAUAAUAUUUCAUAACAUAUUGUGUGUUUAUCUCUAGAAUGAUUGUGGACAGACUCCAUUGUCAAGUAUAUUUGCUGGGUUAAGCAGGUCUUGUCUCGUCCGAGAGUCUGGUAAAACAAGUGAUACUCUGGAUUCUUUCUUUACAUUGAAAUUAGACAUCCAGGUAAUAUAUAUAUAUUUUUUUUCAUUCUUCCAUGUUAAUGCUUUUAUACAUAAAAGGAAACUUGGGUACUUAAGAGCUUAAAAGAUUGUUUUAAGGGGAGGUGCGGGUGAGAAAUUGACGAAAAUGGCAAAUGUUGAAUAAUUUUUUAUUAUUAGUUAUUUGGUUUUAUUAACCAUUUCUCUAUUACAUUUUUAUAUUUGUUUUUAUAAAAGUAAGUUAGAAAAUAUAAUAAAUUACAAAUUUCCUGACCCUAUCAAUCAGAAAAAUGUCAAAAUUGUCCUAUUUUUAGUGUUUUUACCCCUUUGUUAUUAGUAUUUGGAAUCACCCAAUCCCUAUGUCUUUGGCAUGGUUGGAAAGAUGGUGAUUUCGGGGUCAAGAUAAAUAUAGCUUAUGAUCACAAAGAAAAUUACAAAAGCAACCGAACCUUUCGAUCGCCGGUAAUGUCUAGCAAAAUUUGGUAUUUUCCUGUCCUACUUCGUGUAUCACGUGAUCAAACCCUGACCUUUGAAUAAAAUAAGCAUUUUGAUUGGUUCCUAUGUAGGAAAUCUGUUUAUAAAGGUCACUUCCGGUAUAAACAAAACCGUAUCUAAUUUCGUGAGGCCUAGCAAGUUCGAUAUGUAAUUUGUCGGUAAUAAAUUCAUUUGAGGAGUUAAAAAACAACUAAAUAAGUAAAUAACCACACAAAAUGAGUUGGCUUUGAUUAAUUGCCAUAAUAAACAUGAUUAAUGCUUCUCCUUUUCGGAGAAGACCAAGACUGAGUACACUAAACUACUAAGACUAAGCCUACUCCUAGUGCUAGUCGCUUCAAGUUCAAGCAUCGCUACGCUACUUUACCAGCAGGAAAAACAUAGAAAAAUACUAUGCCUUGGUAAGUCUUAAAAAUCUAUUUUUCAUUUAGAUUCAAAUUUAAAGUACGGUAUCAAUUAUUUAUAAGGCUAAGCCUAUACUGUGCUCACUAUAGACCAUUGAAUGAGGGCUAUACUUAUACUUUAUUAUAUUAGUAAUAGUUAGUAAUAAACACUGUUACUUUUGUGAUAGUGAACUGUAGUAAAAAUAAAACCUAUAAACAAUUUAUGAAUUUAGUUAUUGUGACAUUUGUCUUACACUGUCCUAUAUUUAUAGCUAUUAAAAUGGUAAUAUGAAAUUAAAUGUAAUAAAUUUCUCUUUUUUUUUUUUUGCAUCGCAAAUAACAUUGUCAUUAGUGUUAUUUUAUUUUAAAGUAAAGUAAGAGUAAGAGCCCUAACAAAUUUUGCUUGAAAUACGUGUCAACAAGUAUGACCUAUCAGUCAUUAAUUUCAUUAUAGCCUUAUAUUUUUAUUGAGAAGCAUUUAAUAAAAAUAUCUAAAUACAAGUUUAUUGUUUUCAGGAAUCAUUGAGGAGACGCGCAAUGAGGUUGCGGAACACAACAAACCACAACAUGCAUUAUAUUUCCUGUUGAUAAACUACACUGAUCUGUUGUGCCUAGGUCCAUUUAGCCCAAAGGACAAUAUGCACAUGAAAAAGAAGGAGUGCCCUAAGUGUAUUCCAAUGUUACAGAUUCCUCGGCGCAACAUAUGUUCGAUGCAUCGAAAUAAAAGUAACCUCAGGCAGAGGAUGCAAGAGAAGACUAACACAGAUUACAUCACAAAACUCAUUAUGUGUUAUUCAAGGACAAAAAGAAUAAGACAGUAGUUGAAAGAAACAUAUCAAUAUUUCCCUUAUUUUAACAUUGUAUCUCUCUGCGAUGUGAUUUUCAACAUGACGAGUGUCAAAAUUUGAUACAGUAACUAAUUAGAUUUUACAAUGGAGUUAUUGCUCAUGAGUUUUCUGGCUCACACAAAAAACAGUUAAUAUGCUUUUGUGGAAAAAUACAUGUUGCAACUCAAGUGAUUCAAAAGUUGUGAGAUAGAAAUCAGAAAAUUUACAACUGUCAAUAUUCAUUCCGUCAUUAGAACUCAUAGAACUUACAAUUUUUUCUUUACAAGAAUAAGAGUUGCAUUUUCAGCAUUCAUGGACAAUGCCAAAUAACUCUUUGGAAUUGCAUAUUUACCUAGCUUAAUUUUAUGAUGCUGAAAUUCUCCAAAAUAAGCGAAUUAUUAUUUUUUCGACAAAUACAGAAUAAUAGAUAAAAAUAUAUCAAUCACAGUGAAAAGUUGAGUGGUCAGGAAAAAAGAAAAAUGGACCUGGAAAAUGAUUAAAAAUGUCCACAAUAGGCUAAUAAAAAGUUUUUAUUCCAAUCUUGGUAUAAGAUUCUUAUUUUUCAUUGAUAUUUUCAUUGUUUUUGUCGUUUUUCUUCGUUAUUUCAGUUUUCUUGUUUUCACUAUUUUUGGUCACUAAAAUCCCUAUAACUUUUUUAUUUAUUAUCCAAACCUCACCAAAUUUUCACAGUAUGUUCAGUGACCAAUAAUAAACAUUUGAAUAACCUAGAAUUAAGAUAACUAUCUUAGAAAAGAAAAUAUGUAAAUAAGAAUUAACCCACACCCCUAUUUUUGGAAUAAAAAAUGGGGUCACAAUUUCUGACCCUGUAAAUUUAUAACCAGUCAUUGCAUCAAAAAGUCCUGUUAUACAAAGUUUCAUUAUAGGUUAAAUAAUCUAUGUUUAAAAUCUGAUAGCAAUAACUUAAUAUUUGUAAAAGCCUUAGUGUUUUAAAACACACUAAAAAAUAUAAAAAUGGCGGAGGUUUUUAUGGCCUACAAAGGCAACCAAUGGAAAUUUUUUUUUUUUUAAACCUGUUUUGUACCUCCAUUACAAUACCAAAUAAGGUGUAGUUAAAAAAAAUCCUAUAUGAAGCCAAACAAAAAUUUUAGAUUUUUCACCCACACCUCCCCUUAAGAUGUCAUCUUCUGUAUCAGCAGAUUAACUAGUAAUUCCAUUGUUUUAAAAUAUAUGAUUUUCAUUUUGUAACAUUAUUCAAUGGUAAUUUAUUUUUGGUUUCUCAAAGGCUGAAAAUGUUUACACAGUCAAAGAUGCUCUUCUGCGACUCAACAGUACAGAAAUGGUUCAUGACGCAGAGGGAGGAAAAGUGGGUCCUUUAUAAGAAUAAGAUGAUGUUGUAUUUAAGUAUUACUUUCAUAACAUUCAGUUGAUUUUCUUUGCGUGUUUGCUAAGCACCUUAUAAAGUUACCACACUCUUUUGCACUUUUAUGUUUAGAUUAUUUUCUUUUAAUUUUUUUGUCUUUCUUGAUCUUAAUUUUUUUUCAAACUGGCACAUCUAUGUAUGAAAUAUUUCCUUUCAGAUUCAGGGACAGCGCCGGAUGUUUUUUGAUACUUUGCCUCCUGUUUUGAUUAUGCAUCUCAAGUUGUUUCAGUAUUCAAAUGGCAAUGGGCAAAAAAUCCAGAAAAAAAUUGAAUUUGAUGUAGACUUGACUAUCCCAAAAGGUAAGUGUUACUAGCAGAAUGUAGAAAAUAAAUGUUUUAGGGGGAAUAAACAAAUCUUUUACACAAAAUAAGAGUAUUUUCCCAUUAGUUUUCUUCUAAUUUAAAAGUAUAAAGGAUGCUAGAAGACAUAGAAAAUAUUGUGGGUUAUAUACAGCUAUGGAUUUAAACUAACUAAUUGCUAAUACUAGGGUUUAUAUUAUAUUUGAUAGAAACCUUGUCAAGAGUGGGAAAGACAAAGUACCUCUCUCAUAAAUCAAGAUCCUACAAGUUGUUUGGGGGUAAGUUCCUGUAAUGAAUGUUCUUUCUUGUCUGACUUUUCAAAAAAUUCCUUUAUUUAACUUGCCAUUAAUGAUGUUCAUCUGUUAGUGUAUCAUGUAAAAUGUAUCAAAAUUUAACGAAUUGUAAGAAGACAGAUGAUAUAUGAUAUGAUACAAAAUGGAGAACAAUUUUUCUUUGGGUAUUUUAGUUUUGAUUUUCUAUUUUGCAGUCGUAAAUCAUCAUGGAAUGAAAAUGAAUGAUGGUCACUACACCUCUGAUGUUUACCUCCCUGCUGCAAGUGGUUGGCUGCGCUUUGAUGACAGUGAAGUCUUGCCCAUUCAAGAGACACAGGUCCUUCAGUAUAGUGAGAGACGCAUGCCGUAUUUGUUAUUUUAUCGAAGAAUGGACUUGUAGCUAAGUUUUAUUUAAAAUUUGUGUGUGUGUGCUGUUGACAAGUUAUAUAUAGCCUUUAAAUAAAUACAGUCAAAAUGUCAAGUUUUAGCUACAUUUACCUGUACAUAAUUAAUUACUAUUUAUGUCACAUUAAAGUAAAUAAUCUCCAAGCUAUCAUUGAAAGUCUGCUGCAUUAUAGUCAAUAAUUACUAUCUAUCAUCCCAUUGUUACAAUUCAUAACUGUAAUAAGGUAACUUCUGUUCCACUUUUCCUUCAGUUUUUUCAAGAGUUUUAAAAAUCAAAUUCCCAGACAGCAAAAAAUAAAGAAAAUUAAAGUACAUCUUUAAAUAAAUAUUAUUUUAUAUUAAUCUCCUUCAAAUCUUCUUACAUUAUAAUUUAUGAUUGAAAAAUUAAAGUUACCCAUUUAAAAUUCUUAUUUUGACUUUAUCAAACGUCAGCUAUUUAAAACUUUUGUUUGAAAUACCAAAGGCAGCAAUUCAGUUUUAAUAGGUCAAAGGUGGCCUAGAUUAAUAGAAAGUAGCAAACAUUUUUAAAUGAAACAUUUUUGUUUUAUGUUCUUAUAUUCCAU